CACCCUUGCAAUGCGACGACAAUGAGUGUUUCGUAGCCCGCGUUGUGUUCAACUCAGCUGUCAAUAGAUGGCCCCUAACCGCCAACUAGGGAAGCAGUAAUAUGGAGUCUGCAAUCUGAUAUUUUUAAUGCUGAAACGCACCCCGUCUGUUGUUCAUUCUAUGGCUGUCAUGGACUUCAAUUCUCCACGACUAUUCUUUGUAUUCUUGAUUCUGUUUGUCAUUGCCGUUGUACGAACUGAUUCGUCGGAUAUUUCGACCGAUCAAAAAAAUAUCAGAAGAUCUUCGGCCCUGCAUGAUUGUGAGCUAAGUCAUCGCAGAAAGGAUCGGGAUAUUUCUGCCGCUAGAGUCAGCAGUUAUCCAGAUGAACAGGAGAUGGACAUAAUCGCCUCUUACAGUGAUACCUCUGGUAGUAUUAGACUUGCAAGGAUGAAGAUGAGAGACUUAUCCGAUUCCUGGAUCUGGGAAAACCAUAUUGAUCGAAACCUUGAACAGCAAAAGAGCUCUGAGACACUGGUGAAAUCAUUUCACACUAGUUCAACUCUUGGAGAGUACCCUGGGCAGUCUGUAGAUGAACAUUAUUCUGGAGAAAUCAGAGGGAAUCAUCCUCAUGCGUCACCAAGGAGCCCAGUUAUGACAAAUCGCUGGAUAAUGCGGCAAGAAAGAAGGAAAGCUCGUGCUGCUCAGCUUAUUCUACAAGAGAAAGAAACUGACAGCAAAACUUUAGCAGAAGCAAUUGAACGUGCUGAAGGCUUUGUUACCACCGUCAAGGGGAAGUUCAGUAUAUGGAGAAGAGAAUAUGAGAAUCCAAAUUCAGAUUCAACUCUGAAACUCAUGCGAGAUCAAAUAAUAAUGGCCAAAGCAUAUACCAAUAUUGCAAAGGCUAAGAACAAAACUAUUCUUUACAAUGCCCUUAUAAAACACUCUAGAGAAAGUCAGCUUGCCAUUGGAGAAGCAAGUUCUGAUGCAGAGCUUCUCCCUAGUGCACUUGAUCAAGCAAAAGCUAUGGGUCGUGUUCUGUCUACAGCAAAGGAUCAACUCCAUGACUGUCUUUUAGUGGCAAGGAAGUUGAGGGUAAUGCUUCAGUCAACUGAAGAGAGUGUUAAUUUGCAAAAGAAACGGAGUGCAUUCUUAAUUCAGCUAGCUGCCAAAACUGUGCCUAGACCAUUGCAUUGCCUUCCGUUGCAACUUGCAGCGGAUUAUUUCCUGCUGGGUUAUCAUAAAAAAGGAAAUUUUGACAAAGAAAAGAUUGAAGAUCCAUCCCUUUUCCACUAUGCCAUAUUUUCUGAUAAUGUGCUGGCUACAUCAGUGGUUGUUAAUUCUACUGUGCAUAAUGCAAAGGAACCUGAGAAGCACGUUUUCCAUAUAGUAACCGAUAAGUUAAAUUUUGCAGCAAUGAGAAUGUGGUUUCUCAUCAACCCCCCUGCUAAAGCUACUGUUGAAGUUCAAAAUAUCGAUGAUUUCAAAUGGCUGAAUUCCUCAUAUUGUUCUGUUCUUCGGCAACUUGAAUCAGCAAGAAUUAAGGAAUAUUACUUCAAAGUUAAUCAUCCUUCCUCCCUCUCUGUUGGAUCUGACAAUCUAAAAUAUAGAAAUCCCAAAUAUUUAUCUAUGCUGAACCACCUGAGGUUCUACCUUCCUGAAGUUUAUCCAAAACUAGACAAAAUUUUGUUUCUGGAUGAUGACAUUGUUGUGCAGAAGGAUUUGACACCUCUUUGGUCCAUUGAUCUGGAAGGAAUGGUGAAUGGCGCAGUGGAGACAUGCAAAGAGAGCUUCCAUAGGUUUAAAUACCUCAACUUUAGUAAUCCACUGAUCUCGAAUAACUUCAGUCCAAAUGCUUGUGGCUGGGCGUUUGGAAUGAAUAUUUUUGACUUGAAGGAAUGGAAGAAACGGAACAUCACUGGGAUUUAUCAUCGAUGGCAAGAUAUGAAUGAGGACAGAACUCUUUGGAAGCUGGGCACACUGCCCCCAGGGCUAAUCACCUUCUAUAAUCUUACCUAUCCGUUGGAUCGAGGCUGGCAUGUUUUGGGACUUGGCUAUGACCCUGCUUUGAAUCUAACAGAGAUUGAAAAUGCUGCUGUAAUCCAUUACAAUGGGAACUACAAGCCAUGGUUGAAUCUUGCUGUUUCCAAGUAUAAAUCGUAUUGGUCCAGAUACCUUAUGUUUGAUAAUCCGUACUUUCAACUAUGCAACAUUAGUGAUCAGUGAUGCUUGGAUCCGUUUCUUGUUUCCAACCUAUUCUCCCUCACCAGCAAAUUGUAACCUUGUGCUUUGAGUCAAAACAUGUAAUAUAUUUAUUUCACAGAAAGUCAAAUGCAUUUUUGACAGAAAAA